AAUUUCCGACUUCAUUACGGUUCGUUUUGGUUUUCGGCGAUGACGCACGGGCCAAGAAGAUCCUGAAAUCUCUCGAAAAUGUCUUGUGUGUGACGAUCACGUUUUUGAUAUGUAUGAAUAUUGCCAGGUGCCCGUAUCGGACUUGCGUGGGCUGCUUGUGUGCUACGACUAAGUAAUAUUACUGUAAGAUGCAGGUGAUUCAGCACCCAGCGGAGAAACUGCGAAAUGCUCUGGUGUCCAGUCGCAGAGACCUGAUGGAAUGCUUCCAGAAAUACAGCCAUGACGAAAGACGGCUGAUGGAAGACGGUCUGCAUCCUGACAGUCCUCUCUUCGGUCCCAUCACCAUACACUCUGACUCCGACUGGAUCUCCUCCCACCCGGAGACACCCCAGGACUUCCAGAGCUUCUACAGUGACCCUUAUCGCAGCACUCCCAUCAAAAGCCGAAACACCAUUUAUAUACAGACCAUCGGCUCGUUUGGGGAGUCUGAGGGCCUCACAGUGCAGUAUGUGCAGUGGCUGUGUGAAUACUGCCAGGCUUUCUACCUCGGCCUGACAGUGAAGCUCCUGGACCCUGUGAGCGUGUCUGACACAGACUGCGCCUUCAGGAUCAACAGCAGCACACACAAUCUGCAAAUACAUGCCGGUGAUUUGUUGAAUUUUCUGAAAAAGAAAAAGCCUAAGGACGCCUUUUGCAUUGUGGGGAUCACGAUGAUUGACCUGUAUCCCAAAGACUCAUGGAACUUCGUGUUUGGCCAGGCGUCUCUCACUGGAGGCAUGGGAGUUUUCAGUUUCGCUCGGUAUGACGAUAACUUCUACAGCAUCGGCUACAAAGGCCGGCUGCAAAAAGGAAAGAGGCUGCGGCAAGGAGAUUAUACCGUGUUUGCAGGAUAUUACACCCCUCCUAUCACCAGCACAUUGCUACUCAGGUCCUGCAAGACUCUAACGCAUGAGAUCGGCCACAUCUUUAGCAUUACGCACUGCCAGUGGCUGCAGUGUGUGAUGCAGGGCUCCAACCACCUGGAGGAGUCCGACCGCAGGCCUCCAGAACUCUGCCCAAUAUGUCUGCGGAAGCUGCAGUCCGUUCUCGGCUUCAAAAUCGCCGACAGGUACAAGGUGAGCCAACCUGUCUGUCCUCUUCUGAGCUACAUGAGAAAGAUGAUCUGCAUCAAGGAACCAUUAUUCCUUCACUGUAUUUGCAGUGAUUUCCAGGUAGUGUGGGAAUAUCACUGCACUGGCAGCAGAGAGACGAAUGACAGGGUUGCAUCAAAGAUUGUGUGCUGCAUAGUUCCUGCUUAUAGUCCACAGACUGUUUGUAAUUCUGACCUGUAUGUUUUGCAGAACAGCUGUUGAAAUUAGCUCAGGGGGCAUUUUGUAUGUCAAUGAUGUCAUUUUAGAUUAGCUAAAUGGCCAAAAGCUGUCCAGAUAAGUGGAAUUUGUUCUUCUGAUAUGCGCAAACUAAAAGCAGACAUGACAAAAUCUAAUCUUGCCUGGAGUAUGAUAGAUGUUGCGUUUAUAAUUAAAUGUUUUUCAAAUGUA